AUGGGUGACGUCCUGGGAACCGCAUCGGCUCCGACCGAGUCCGGAGAUUGGUAUCUUCCUGACAAUAUGCUCCAACGACAUCCUAGCAAGCCUCAUAUCGGCAGCCUCGAUGAGUAUCGUCAGAUGCACAAGGCUUCCAUCGAGGAGCCUGAAAAAUUCUGGGGAGACCUCGCUCGAGAAUUGCUGACCUGGGAGUCUGACUUUCACACCGUUCAGAACGGCACCUUGGAUCAGGGCAACGUCACCUGGUUCCAGGGCGGGAAGCUGAACGCCUGCUUCAACGCAGUUGACCGUCAUGCUCUCAAGGACCCCAACAAGACUGCCAUCAUUUAUGAAUCGGAUAGCGGCCAGGACGGCCGGUCCGUGACGUACGGCGAGCUGCUGAAGCAGAUCAGCAAGGUCGCCUGGGUUCUCAAGGACCUGGGUAUUCGCAAGGGUGACACCGUCGCCAUCUACAUGCCCAUGAUUCCCGAGACACUGGUCGCCAUCCUCGCCUGCUCGCGUAUCGGCGCCGUCCACUCUGUGGUCUUCGCCGGCUUCUCGGCCGGAUCGCUGAAAGACCGCAUCCUCAACGCCAAGAGCAAGGUCGUCAUCACCGUGGACGAGAGUCUCCGCGGCGGCAAGACGAUUGGCAUCAAGAAGAUCGUUGACGAGGCGCUGAGCCAGUGUGUCGGCGUUCAGGCUCUGGUCUACAAGAGAACCGGCGGCGAUAUUGCUUGGGUGCCUGGCCAGGAUCACUGGUGGCACGAGGAGGUUGCGAAAUGGCCCAGCUAUCUCGCCCCUGAGUCUAUGGAUGCUGAAGACCCCCUCUUUCUCCUCUACACCUCUGGAUCGACGGGCAAACCCAAGGGUGUCCUGCAUACUACCGGCGGUUAUCUGGUAGGAGCUGCCGCCACGGGCAAGUAUGUGUUUGACAUCCACGAGAACGAUCAGUACUUCUGUGCCGGCGACGUCGGAUGGAUCACUGGCCAUACCUACGUCGUUUACGCGCCGCUGCUUCUUGGUGUGUCCACGGUUGUGUUUGAGGGUACACCUACACAGCCGACUAUCAACCGCUACUGGGAUAUCAUCGAGAAGCACCGUAUCACGCAUUUCUAUGUCGCUCCUACUGCGCUCCGGCUGGUGAAGCGCGCUGGAUCGGAUCCUGUUGAUCACGAUACCAAGAGCCUGCGCGUACUCGGAUCAGUUGGCGAGCCGAUUGCCCCGGAGGUUUGGAAGUGGUAUUACAAUACUGUCGGUAAGGGAAAUUGUCAUAUUGUUGACACCUACUGGCAGACCGAGACUGGCUCUCACGCCAUCACACCCCUGGCUGGAGUCACUCCCACGAAACCCGGUUCAGCCUCUUUGCCAUUCUUCGGUAUUGACACGGUAAUCAUUGAUCCUGUCUCUGGCGAAGAAAUUCACGAGAACGAUGUUGAGGGUGUUCUCGCCUUCAAGGGCCCUUGGCCUAGCAUGGCUCGUACCGUUUGGGGUGACCAUCAGCGCUACGAGGAUACGUACUUUAACGUGUACAAGGGAUACUACUUCACUGGCGAUGGAGCCAGCCGUGAUGAGGAUGGCUUCUACUGGAUCCGCGGCCGCGUGGACGAUGUGAUCAAUGUCAGCGGCCACCGCCUCUCAACCGCCGAAAUCGAAGCGGCCCUCAUCCAGCACGAUGCCGUGGCCGAAUCCGCCGUGGUGGGCAUCGCAGACGAGAUCACAGGCCAGACCGUCGCAGCCUUCAUCUCCCUGAAGGAAGCCUUCCGCGCGGACGACCCUCGCGAGGAGCUGAAGCAGCUGAUCCGCAAGGAGAUUGGGCCCUUUGCCCAGCCCAAGAAGCUCUUCGUGCUGGACGACCUGCCCAAGACGCGGUCUGGCAAGAUCAUGCGCCGCAUUUUGCGAAAGGUUGUCGAGGGACAGCAGGAUCAGCUUGGGGAUAUCUCGACGCUGGCUGACCCGACGGUUGUGGAGGCGAUUAUCAAGGUCGUCCAUCCUCCCGUGGAGAAGUAUCAGUAA